AUGGCUGAGGUAAUACCCACCGGCUCCCCGUUGCUCUUGCCGUCCGUCAUGAACGCCAUUUUCCAGGCUCAGGGGGAUGAAGGCACCGCCGCCGCCGCCGCUGGGCCUCCUGCUGCGGACCGCCAGAGCGGGGAGGACUACCUGUUCGUGGAAACCACGCAUCCCAACACAGUCCUGUGGGGUCUGAACAACAUGCGGCUCAACAAAGCCUUCUGUGAUGUGACCCUGUGCUGUGGAGGACAGGAGUUCCCCUGCCAUCGCAUUGUGCUCGCAUCCUUCAGCUCCUACUUCCAGGCGAUGUUUUCCGCUGACCUGCUGGAGUCCAAGCAGGAACGUGUUGCCAUCAAUGGAGUUGAGCCCCAGAUGAUUGGCAACCUGGUGACCUACGCCUACACAUCUGGGGUCUUGAUCACUAAGACAAACGUACAGGCGCUGCUGGCAGCGGCCAAUUUGCUGGAUGUGAUAGCAGUUCGGGAGGCUUGCUGUCGCUUCAUGGAGCGCCAGAUGGAUGAGACGAACUGUGUGGGAAUUCACUGCUUUGCCGAAGCCCACUCCUGCAAGGUGCUGGAGAAACACAGUAUGGAGUACAUUCUGGAGAACUUCAGCACCGUUUCCCAACAGGAAGAGUUCUUGUCCCUCUGUGUGGACAAACUUACAGAAAUCAUCUCUAGCGACCUCCUUGACGUGCCUAAAGAAGAGAUGGUGUUCGAGGCCGUCAUGCUGUGGUUGAAUAAAUGUCCCUCUCGCAAGCAGGGCUUUGAAAAGGUGCUCGAGCACAUCCGCCUGCCUCUCAUCAGCCCAUACUACCUCCAUGACCUGAUCGAGUCUUUAGACGUGGUGAAGGAGAACCAGGCUUGUCAGAAGCUCAUCUCUGAGGCCAAGGAUUACUUGCUGCUGAAGGAUCGACGUGGCGAGCUCUACAGCUCCCGAGCGAGGCCUCGUAGAUCCACAGGAACCGUCGAAGUGAUAGUGACCGUUGGCGGAGAGGACGACAAGGUGGUGCUGCGCAGCGUGGAGAGUUUUGAUCCCGUCACGAACCACUGGAAGAACCUGGCGUGCCUUCCCUUCGCCGUCAGCAAACACGGCCUGGUCGUCUCAGACUCGACUCUCUACUUGGCGGGAGGAGAGUUUCCUGACGGCUCGGCCAGCAGAGAGAUGUGGCGCUAUGACCCCUGCUUCGACUCCUGGAUGGAGAUGGCUCCCAUGAAUGUAGCGCGCUCGGAGUUGGGUCUGGUCAUGCUGGAUGGCUUUGUUUACGCCGUCGGCGGAUGGGAGGGCCGGGGUCGGCUGGACUCGGUGGAGUGCUACAAUCCCCACACCAACUCCUGGCAAUUCAUGCCGUCGGUAAAAAUGGCCGUUACGAGUCCUGCGGUGGUGGCCCUGGACGGGCUGCUCUACGUCACUGGUGGCGCAGUCCUUGAGGACGGAGACGGCACCGACCUCGCUCAGGUUUAUAACCCCAAAACCGCGGUGUGGACGGAGGUCGCCCCCAUGCAGAUCGCGCGCUCCGGUUCAGCUGCUUGUACGCUCAAAGGAAAGAUCUACGUUAUAGGCGGAUGGCAUGCCUCGACGGAGAACACUGAUAAGGUCGAGUGUUUUAACCCAAAGACCAACCAGUGGACUAUGUGUGCUCCCAUGAAGGAGCGGCGCUACCGGCCGGGGGCUGCUGUCGUGGAUGGAAAGAUUUAUGUCCUAGGAGGUGAAGAGGGUUGGGACAGAUAUCAUGACACUAUUGAGAGAUACUGUGAAGAAUCUGAUACCUGGGAGAUAGUCGGGGAGAUGCCCACCAGUCGCAGCUGGCUCAGCUGCGCGUCUCUCCAACUGAGGAAAAACGUCCACAUAAGCAGCCCUCCUGGCACUCCGACCGAAAACUGAAGCUUAACAAAGAGGAACAAGGAGCCUGGAGGAGAACAAAUGGCCGUUUGGGUUUCCUGUGGACUCUAGUCAAUAAUGCCUUAUGGAGUUAGUCUGGGACACUUACUCCAUGAUAUUUUCUUACAGGAUCUCAAGUUACUGUGACCCGCAGUUGGAGCGUGAGCUCUGUUCGACGUUAAUGUAUUCAAGGUACAUUUUGAUAUUUGGUCACCGACAAACUGAAGAUGUUCCCGGCCAACGUAAUGUAUUUGUUUCCCCAAUUAUUUUGGAGAUGAACGAACAAAAGUUAAAAAAGCUCUGUGGGAUGUAUUAUGUGAAUAUUUUUAAAUGUUGUGUGUGUUUGGGGGUUGAGGGGGGGGCUUUUGUAAUUAAACUUCAUACUUUCAGAAUGAUUUUCUUUUCAA